AAGAUUUUAUUAUUGUUGACUUGAUUUCACUUCAAGUUAUCACUAUUUAUUGUGUUUAAUUGUGGCCUUAUUAAGAUUAACUUGUAAAUCUAAAUUGUGUCUUCACUUUGUACCAUUGUAGUGUUGAUCAGUCAACGGCUACUAGUUGUUUAGAUUCUUAAUUAUGUGAAAAAGUCUCAUUGUUUCUCAGCCUAAACACCAUUUAGAGUUUUGCUUUUCAAUCUAAACUCUGUAGUCACACAUUAAUCUCAUCAAGUUUUGUUUUUGUUUUAAUCAAUGGCUUCUCUUUUGGAUGAAAUUAAAGCCAAUAAGGUUAAAUUUUCGCGAACAUGUUUAGUCUAUUUUGCUUUCCUUGGUGUUGGCUGUGGCAUUUCAAUAACAGGACCAACUUUACUUGAUUUACAAAUAGCUGUCAACUCUACUUUAUCUGAAACAUCACGUAUUAUCCAAGGAAGAUCUGUUGGCUAUGCUUUAGGUUCCAUUAUUGCUGGUUUCCUUAUGGAGGCAUUUAAUGAGCAACUCGUUAUGGGUGUUGCUGCCCUUAUCAACGGCAUUGCAUUAUCAAUUACAGCCUGGAAUCGAACACUUUGGGGAAUCGUGAUCACAAUGUUUGUCAAUGGCCUUUCAAUGUCUCAUGUUGAUACAGGAAGCAACGUUUGCAUUUUACGUUACUGGGGUCGAUCAAGUGGAAGCUUUCUUCAGAUCCUUCAUUUCAUGUUCACCACUGGAGGCUUGAUUGCACCCUUACUGGCGAAACCUUUUCUCCUUGAGCGUCCAGAAGAAGAUGAGCCUAUGGAAUCAACCUCCAACACUUCAUUAUCCACAACUCUCAACAUGACCUUAGCUAAUGUAACCAAAGAAUACUCACCCGAUGAUGUGCUGGUUCAAUGGCCUUUUACAGUCAUUGGACUCAUUUUCAUUGUUGCCUCGAUUGGUUUUAUGGUGUUUUACUUUUUCGUUCCCUAUGAGACCAACAAUAAUAAUAGUGCGAACUGUGAUGGUCAAAAGACUGAACGCAAUGGCUCAAGAGGAGAUGCAGAUAAAGGAGAGACAAUGAAAUUAGAUAGAGUCCAAUCGAGUGGAUAUGAAUACAAUUUUGAUUUCAAAGUGAAAAUGCUCAUAAUUGCAAUAAUUUCUGUGUUCACUCAUAUUUACUUUGGCAUUGUUAUCUCAUUUGCCAAUUUAUUGCCAACUUUUGCUGUUAAAUCAGCUCUUGCAAUGACGAAAGGUGAAGCCGCUUCAUUGAUGACUGUGUUUUGGACUACAACUACUCUUUAUCGGAUUCCAGUCAUUUUUUUGGCCAAUUACAUUUCUAAUACAGCAUUGAUUCUUAUUCAUGUAAUUAUCAUGGUAAUGAGCACAGUUUGUUUAACCUUUCUUGGUGAAAAAUAUGUUUGGGCCAUUUACUUGUUCACUGGUACAAUGGGAAUCGGUAUUGGACCUGUCUUUGCAGGUGUUUUGGGUUACCUUCAACAAUAUUUUGAAGUAACUGGUAGAAUAACUUCCCUUUUCAUUGUUUCAGCCUGUAUUGGGGAGUUUCUUUAUCCAUGGAUAAUAAGUCGCUUCUUGGAAGCGCAUCCAUCGGUAUUUUUAUAUGUGAUGUCGAUUUGUUCAGUUAUUGAUUUAAUUGCAUUCAUAGCUGCCUAUCUUUUAUGUAAUAUUGUUGUUAAAAAGUAUACAGCAUCGCAACCAACCAAAGUUAUUACAAACCAAAGUGAACAAAAAUUUUAAGUCAACCACCAAAUUAUCAUAACAUUAAGUUGUAAAUAAACCAUUUUAUUGAAAGGAAAA